AUGAAAAUCGAACGCCUGGAGAAAAGCAAGGAUAAGAAGCGAGGGAAAAAAGGUAAGGGGCAUCGUCGCAAGCGGAAGGGUGACCGAGACAGCGACAGUGAGAGUUUGGAUGAGGAUGAGUUUGGACGAACGACGAGCGCGAAGGCGUUUGCGCAAAUGACGUCGCCUCGCUCGGUGAAGUUGUCGGAUUUAGGCGGGAUCGAGGACUCGCUGAAGGACAUCAAGGAGCUCAUACUGUGCCCUUUGAUGCAUCCCGAGUUGUACGCAUGGCUCGGGGUCGAUCCGCCGCGCGGGGUGUUGCUUCACGGCCCGCCGGGUUGCGGCAAGACGACGUUGGCGCACGCCAUCGCGCAAGAGGCGAAAGUGCCCUUCUUCUCCAUAGCGGCCACGGAGAUUGUGAGUGGAAUGAGUGGCGAGUCUGAAGCGAAGAUACGUGAGUUGUUCCAGUCCGCCGCCGCGCACGCGCCGUCGCUGAUUUUCAUCGACGAGAUCGACGCAAUCGUCCCGAAGCGCGAGAGCGCGCAGCGAGAGAUGGAACGUCGAAUUGUCGCCCAGCUGUUAGCGUCCAUGGACGAUCUUCAAUCAACAAUCGAUGGCACGGACGAGGUGGAUCGACUAGCGCGGUGUCGUCGCCACGUCACCGUCAUCGGCGCCACGAAUAGACCGGACGGUAUGGACGCCGCGCUUCGUCGCGCCGGACGCUUUGAUCGCGAAAUCAUGCUCGGCAUUCCAGACGAAGCCGCGCGAGAGCGCAUUUUGCGAGUGCAGGCGACCAAGCUUCGCUUGAAUGGAGAUUUAGACUUGCGCGAAAUCGCAAAGAAAACGCCCGGCUAUGUCGGCGCGGAUUUAUCGGCGUUGGCCAAGGAAGCCGCCGCGUCGGCGGUCACGCGCAUCUUUAAAAAGCUCGAGGACGAGGAAAGGGCGAGCGCGGAUGUGACGAUGGACGAGGGUGUCGCGCCCGCACUGGGGGGGGACACUCGUCUCGCGACUGGUCGCUUAGCGGAUCCGCGUCCGCUCACCGAGGACGAACUCGAGGAUCUAGCAAUCACCAUGGAAGAUUUCUCCCUCGCGCUCACGCGCGUGCAACCGUCGGCGCAACGCGAAGGUUUCACCACGACGCCGAACGUGACUUGGGACGACGUUGGCUCGCUCACAGAAAUUCGCGAAGAGUUGAAGUUCUCCAUUGCUGAGCCCAUCGCUCAUCCCGAGCGAUUCCAAGCGAUGGGUUUGAACAUCUCUACGGGCGUCUUGCUCUACGGCCCACCGGGGUGCGGCAAAACGCUCGUCGCCAAGGCGACGGCGAACGAGGCGAUGGCGAAUUUCAUAUCCAUCAAAGGUCCAGAGUUAUUAAAUAAGUACGUCGGUGAGAGCGAGCGCGCGGUGCGGACGCUGUUCCAGCGCGCACGAAGUGCGAGCCCGUGCGUGUUAUUCUUUGACGAGAUGGAUUCUCUGGCGCCGCGUCGCGGAAGCGGCGGCGACAACACCUCAGCCGAGCGCGUCGUGAACCAACUUCUCACCGAGAUGGACGGUCUCGAAGCGCGAAACGCGACGUUCUUGAUCGCGGCGACGAACCGACCCGACAUGAUCGAUCCAGCGAUGCUGCGUCCCGGGCGCUUGGACAAGCUCUUGUACGUUCCGUUGCCGCCGCCGGACGGCCGAGUCGCCAUCUUGAAGACGCUCACGCGCCGAACGCCCAUCGCACCAGACGUACGCGUGGAUCAAAUCGCGCUCGGUCGAUCGUGCGAAGGCUUCAGCGGCGCCGACUUGGCGGCGCUCGUGCGCGAAGCGUGCGUGGCGGCGUUGAAAUCGAUGACGCUCGAAUCGACGCCGACGGUGACGACGAAGCACUUCGAAGAGGCGUUCACGAAGGUGCAACCCUCGGUGAGCAAGUCGGAUCACGCGCGUUACGAUGAAUUGCGUCGAAAGCUCCGUCGCGAGCGCGGGACGAUCAACAGCGCGCGCCGCUCUUCCUCCGCCGAAAAUCUCGCCGUCGAGCCCGCGUCCAACAAGCGCGUUCGCCCCGGCGACGACGACGACCGCGACGACCGCGACGCGCCCGAAUUAGCCACCUCUUAG